ACGGGUGUGUGGUAAUUGAUUCCAUAUUAGCCAAAGAGCACUCGGAGAUAUCCUCGCUUCAGCGUAUGUAUCUCCAGCGUGGGCCGCAGCACAGAGACUUCCCCGCGGGACUACAUAACAGAACCGCCUCUCCACCGAGCAGCACGGGGAACCAGCGGCACCGGGAACGAGCGGCAGCAGAACCAGCGGAACCGGGACUCAGCAGCACCGGCCUGGUAGAGAUCUGCUUGAUGCAUCCGCUCGACGUGGUGAAGACCAGGUUCCAGAUCCAAAGAGGAACCAGCGACCCCAACAGCUACAAGAGCCUCAGCGACUGCUUCCGGACCGUCAUCCGCAACGAGGGCAUCGUCGGCUUCUACAAAGGGAUCCUCCCUCCGAUUGUGGCGGAGACCCCGAAGAGAGCAGUGAAGUUCUUCACCUUUGAGCAAUACAAGAAGGUGCUGAACCUGACCCCUCUGUCUCCCGGUCUGGCGCUGUCCGUCGCGGGCCUCGGCGCGGGCCUGACGGAGGCCGUCGUGGUCAAUCCGUUCGAGGUGGUGAAGGUCAGCCUGCAGGCCAACAGAGACUCCUUCACCAAGCAACCCUCUUCGUUCGCCCAGGCGAGGCUCAUCAUCAACUCUGACGGCUUCGGGGCGCGCGGCCUGAACAAAGGGCUGACGUCCACACUGGGACGCCACGGGGUCUUCAACAUGAUCUACUUCGGCUUCUACUUCAACGUCAAGGACGCCAUUCCCUCCAGCCCGGACCCGACCCUGGAGUUCAUGAGGAAGUUCGCCAUCGGCCUGGUGUCGGGCACCAUCUCCUCCUGCGUGAACAUCCCCUUCGACGUGGCCAAGAGCCGCAUCCAGGGGCCGCAGCCCGUCGCCGGGGAGAUCAAGUACCGCACCUGCUUCCAGUCCAUGGCGCUGGUGUACCGGGAGGAAGGGUACUUGGCUCUCUACAAGGGGCUGGUGCCCAAGAUCAUGAGGCUGGGCCCAGGUGGAGCCGUGAUGCUGCUGGUGUAUGAAUACGUGUCCGGGUGGCUUCGGAUAAACUGGUAACCACAACCAACAAAUAAUGAAAGGAAAACCUCGACACCGACACCGAGUCCCCGACUCAGUAAACAUCUUCAUGGGAGGAAACAGCUGCAAUAUUUGAAGUACUUUAAAAAAUGAGAAACCCUGAAAAGCUUUCUUCUCAAUCAUCUUCCUGUUAGGACUGACAGCGUUUUACUUGAACUCAGUUUUUUGGAUUUUAUUCCAAAAAAAUAACAUUUCAGGUUUUAUUUCACAGGGAUUCAUACAUUCUGUUUUCCUCUCAGCGGUUAUGAAGUGGGGGCCCAAAACAUCCUCGAUGAAUAUGAACUAAGAACAAUGUUUAUGAUGAAUAUGAACUAAGAACAAUGUUUAUGAUGAAUAUGAACUAAGAACAAUGUUUAUGAUGAAUAUGAACUAAUAACAAUGUUUAUGAUGUUAUCGUGAGCAAAUAUUUAGGGCCAACUUUUUUUCCGGGGCUCAUGAUGAAAAACAAAUUAAGAAACGCCGAGGAUGGAAUGAAGUUCUGGGUUACGCAAUGAUUAUAUUGCGCGUGUGUGUGUGUGUGUGUGAGAGAGUGUGAGUGAUGUAACUAACACACAUGGAUGGGUCUCAUGGAUCAUCCAAUAUGAAUAAUAACGAGAUAUAUUACUGUUAUUACACAUUUAAAGUCGGCGACACACACACACAGUUUGUGUGUGUGUGUGUGUGUGUGUGUGUGUAUGUGUGUGUGUGUCUUAACCCACAGCACUGAGCCGUACACUCUAUAUUUUAAACUAACCAAACAGUCUCAAUAGUGCCUUUACUGAUAGAAGAAUUUCAUCCACGCACCGAUUAUCGUUCUGGCCUAUUGUAGAAUUAGUAUUUUUAAACCAUAAAUAUUCUUUUGCAUGACUGAUAUCUUUAUGUAACCUCUUAUUUUACUUUUAUCUCCAUGUGUAUCGGUGACCAAAUAAAAUAAACCAAGCCAUAUUCAACUCAG